AAAAACGCGAGCGAUUUAUUUCACCUUAGUUUGUUCAAAUUUUGAAUACAAAAAGUGGUUCAAAGCUGCAAUCGGCUCAUAAACGUUAUGCAAUGUUUUCUAGUUGGAGAAGGUUUAUUGAAAUCACGUGCUUUUAGUUAAAAAUAUUCACGUUUGGUAUUCGAGAGUUUGUGUUUCCACUUCAAGCCACGCCCACUAUCACUGUGGGAAAGAGAAACCAUUCGUCACUGGAAUGGCCAUGAAUAAAUAAUGAAUCUUAGCAGCACGAGCGAGAUAGACUGUGCCUCCCGGUCGCUUAUGUGAGUGUGUGUAUGUUACUCUUCAGUAUGUUCAAAGAAGGCAAUAUCAGCGCUUUUAUCCGCUUGAUCCGUUGUAUCUGUGCCGCGUGAAGUGUUCUGAUACGUCCAGCACCCGUGACAGGUUUUUGCCGCUGCUGUGAACCAAAGGGAAAAAAGCUACCGACUGUUGCGCGUUGUCGAUGUUGUAUUGGAUGCUGUCUCAGUCUCUGUGCGGAUCUCGUGCCCCGCAGUGCUUUGUGUUGUGCUUCCGCGGCUGGUAUUGUGUACCCCUGGAUACGUUCCUCUAAUCAUCUUGCAGCACCAGCGAAAGGGCAACCUCUCCGCGUCCUCUCGCGUCCUUCUCAGUGAUCAGUGAGCCUCGCUUCCGGGUCACCACCCCUCGAGGGGCACUGCUGGGCUUAUGUGAUGGGCCGAACAGACAGCAACUAAAUCCCAUCAGACCAGAGACCAGAGUCAGGCAGCAGAACUUGUCGAGCCACUACGCUCUGGUCGCCCGAACCGUCGGGACGCCGCCGUCGGAGUUUUGAUAAAUAAUUUUCCCCCAUCGGCAUCGGCACUGUAAUGAAUUGAAUUUGUUAGUUACUCAUUAAUUUAAUAUAGACUAAUUAAUAAGCGUGAGAAGUGUGCUGCGAAUCGUUUGUUUUUUUUUCGUUCUCCUAUUUUUCGCCUUGGACUUCUUUUGCCCAGCCAAGAUUGCUCGGUGAAGGUGAACGUGAAUCUUUUUCUCCUGCUUCCUAUGACCUCCGCUCAUACUGAAGCCGUUGAUGCGUUCAUCCGCUACGCGGAAACGGAAGUACGAGUAGUGACCCGUAUCGUCUCACGUGUGUGCACGGAAAGUGAAUUACGCGGUACGGUGUCGAGCGAAGAUGGGAGCGAGUCGUCCUGAAUCUGUGAUCUUGAGACCGCUUCUAAGUGAUACAUAAUUAAACAGAGCUUAGCGAAAAUGGAUAUGCGUAAUUGAAAGUGUAUAUGACUCUGUUUGCUUUUUUCGUUUGCACUGCUGACGAUUGUCAGACUGUUCUCGACGAGAUAAAACAAUAGUAAGCUAAUUGUUGAUUGUGGUGAAAAUAUUGAAAAGAAAUCGUAAAUUGAUCCAGUAAUGAAUGCAUCUGUGUGACGAGCGAAAUUGGAAAUAUCUCAUUUGUUGUGAUUGACAUUUCAAGCUGUCUUCUCUGUCCGUUAGAAACUUCUCAGCAGACAUGCUGAAUAAUUUAAGUGCUGCUGGCUUGGGAGGACCCAAGGAAUGCGAGCUGCCGAAAGCGGGCAUCACGUCGCUGCACGGUGGCAACGGUUUUGGUCCAGUUCCAAAUUCGGUCAGCUCGGACAAUAACGGAAAUAGGCUUCAUGUGAACAGUGGUGGCCCAACCGGAGGCGGCGGUGGAGGUCUCUGCGAGCCACACAAUAUACACCAGGAUCAGAAUACUGAUAAAAAUGGCAAACAGAAAAGGCAUCGCACUCGCUUUACCCCGGCUCAGCUCAACGAACUGGAAAGGUGCUUCUCCAAGACACACUAUCCGGACAUAUUUAUGCGGGAGGAAAUCGCUAUGCGGAUCGGACUGACCGAGUCGCGUGUCCAGGUUUGGUUCCAGAAUCGGCGAGCAAAAUGGAAGAAACGGAAGAAGACCACCAACGUGUUUAGGACGCCUGGUGCCCUGUUACCAUCGCACGGUCUUCCACCCUUCGGAGCAAACAUAACGAACAUAGCGAUGAGCGAGAGUUUUAGUGGGACAUCCAUGUUCGGUGGCGAUCGGUGGGGUGUGGGUGUUAAUCCAAUGACUGCUGGAUUCGGUCAAUUGAAUCAAUCCUCCUCCCUUUCGUCCACGCUCAAUAGCGGACUUAACUCGGGGAUUAAUAUCUCAUCCGCUAUGGGAGCAGGGGGCUAUCACAACUAUGGACUGAACGCAUUGGACAUUUCCUUUCCAGGCGAUACGAUGAUGUACCAGCACUCGGUCGGUGGCGUCAGUUGCACUGGCAGUUCGCCCACUUCAACCCCUCCAAACAUCAACGCUUGCUCAUCAUCAACGCCCCCACUCUCCAGUGGGCAACAGCAGCAGCAACAGCAACAACAACAACAGCAACAGCAGCAGCAAGGUGCUAGUCAGAACGAACCCAAUGGAAAUGGGGACAUGUCCAGCCAAGGUGCCAAUCAACAUAUUCCCAACUGCCAGGGCAUCAGUUCUGGUGCUCCGGACGGAGAUGAUGACGUCUGGCGAGGUCACAGUAUAGCCGCCCUGCGGAGACGCGCCUCGGAACUGAACCAAACGAUGCCAUCGUAUUUGCACGCGCAUAAUUACGACCAUCACAACUCGGUGUAUUGACUACAGUUAUUCAAGUAAACAAAAUGGCUCCGUCACGUGUGACCUGAAAAGCACACAACCACACACACACGACCCCCACUUCAAGAAUGCGCGGUUUGUAAGAUAACAGAUAAUUGCAAUUGUAACAUUUUAGACACACGUACACGUACGAAGAUAUGUGACCGAAUGCUAGAAUAGCCAUACCAGUAUUACCAAUAACUCAAUUUUUAGUUUAAUUUCAACAACAUUCAACGAGUUGGAUGUGAUGUAGAACGAUAGGAGAGCUUGAGCGAAACCAAGUAUACGAGAACAUGAGAACAGAUUGAUCAACCAUCGCAAGUCCAGUGAGGUGAGAUUCAUCAGAUGAAUCAUUCACGCUCGAAAACGAAUAAAAUGUAUACGAUUCGUCAAUAAAUUUAGCCAAGGAUUUUUUUUUUACACGGACAGCAGCUGUGUUCAGGACUGUAAAACAAAAAUAUUUUAAUUAUAAAUACGUGAUGAAAAAGCAGAAACAGAUUGUAUACGAUUGUAUUUCCUCGUUCCGAAAUGGGGAAAAUGAAAAAAAUGAAACCCUUGAUAAUAAGCAAAUUGUGGUAAUGAGUAAGUUAUACUACACACCAGUAAAUCUACUUGAAAACACUAAGCAGACAGAAAAAAAAACAAUUUAUUCGUGGAAGAAACGAAGAGUAUAUAUAGAAUAGCCAAAAAUAAUGAUUCAAAAAAUGCACAGAAAACAACGUGCUGUACAUAACAAAAAAAAUCCACAAACAGCCUGCUCGAAACAUUAUUGCAAACAGGAAGGGACAACAGUGUAAUUUUAAAUCAUUGUUUCAAAAUAUAUAUUAUUCGGAUGCUUAUUUAGUUUUGUAAAAAAAGAUAAUAGAAAUCUCAUUUCAGCUAGUUUUUGUACAAAAAAAUAAUCGGACAGCAGUCGAUUUGUUUAGAGAUAAGCUAUUCAGUAAAUACAAUGAGGACGUAAGAAUCCAGUAAACGUGGUGGAAUAAACUAAACACAAUGUAUACGAUAUGAAACAACUAAUCUAAGACGAUAACUGAGAAAUGAUAUAUGUUAGUAAAAUAUUUCAUUAUUGAUAUCAAAUAAAUGAGAGAAAAAA